GUUGUGGGAAAUUCAACCAUAAGAAUAGCAUUAAAAUACAAUUCAAUUCAAUUCAAUGCAAACGCAUGGCUAAACAGUUAGUCAUUUUGCUUAACGCUCUCACUUUUCCGGACCCGGAGUUCGAAGAAGGGGUCAAAACGUAUCGACAGGAAUGGCUGCCCGAAGUGCCGGCCACUUCUGAACAAGUGUUUCAGAGAAUGAGUUUUGAUGAGGCGUUUACCACAGCAUACGAAUACAUACAACACUUUGCUGUGGGUUUGGAGCAAAUCCUAUUGGAUCAAGUGCUACACGACGGCAAAAUGACCACAGAUUUCAAAGACAUAGAGUACGAUCUGUUCCAGUUGUUGUGUGAAAUACAACUGGGAAUGCAUUUGCAAAACAUUCAGCCAAAGGCCGAUGUCUUGCGACACGUGAUGUCUCAUCAGUAUCGGGACAUUAAUGAGGCGUCGCUCAGGAAUCUUCGCGAUUACCUAAUCCUAAGGGAUUAUAUCUCUGCCACCAAUUUUAUAGCCCAGUUGUUUGCAUAUCUCAGAUCCAAAGCUAGAGCCGAGUCUAGUGAGGUUUAAGAGCGCCCGGACCUCAACUCACACCCGCCGGGACUCUCUGUUCAAACAUAUUGAUUGCCAACACUUUUGAACAAUGUUUUGAAGUUCUCUCUCACACAACACUUCUUUACAAUAAUAAUAAUAAUAAUGAUAUGAAUUCAAAACCACUUAUAUUUUUAAAGCUGUGAUCUCUUUUGC